CACCCGGAAGUGGUUUUCGAACCUCACAUUGGCAGGUCAGAAGUGGUUUACCACAGGUGACUAGGUGAAAAAAAUCACCGUUUCACCUCUAUCGUGGCGAAUGUAUGACAUUAUCUUAACACGGAGGUGGAGAAACAAGAUAUGCAACACGAGAGUGAUGGCAUGCGUCAAGUAACCUAGGCAAAGUGACAUCCCUGGUUAACGCAAUCGAUGGCAUGAAGCGAGUACGGACCGAACAGAUUCAAUACGCCGUGACUCAGUACCUGAAGAGGCGGCAGUAUGUGGACUCCGAGGGCAACCUGAAGAUCGCCAAGCUCUCGCAAACCGCCGAGGAGAUGGCUGCCAGCCUCACUGUCCAGACAGAAUCCAGUUGUGCCAACAUAGUCUCAGCUGCCCCAUGUCAGGCCGACGUCCAUCAGUACGAGACCCAGUUCUCCAGGCUACGGACCUUCCUCCUGGAGGCCGAGGUUCCGUGGGGGCAGGAGGUGGGCUGCGUGCUCUACCCGCUCUUCCUCUACCUGUACCUGGACAUGGUGCGCUGCGGGCUCCGGCCAGCCGCCGACGGCUUCUACGGUCGCUUCCACGGCCCCUUCCUGCAGGACACCGAGCAAAGGGUCACCGUGGAGCUGCUCAAGGGCGUGCAGACGGCGCAGGAUGUGGCAGCUAACCCCAAGCUGUGCGCCCUCCUCGAGCACAAGUACGUGGUUCACCUGUCAGACGCGGCCUACAGCUACCUGCUGCGCUACCUGCAGAGCGACGACAACGGAGCCCUCUGCCGUGUGCUCAGCACGCACCUGCAGCUGGAGGUCACGCCCACGCCACGCACACACUACCAGCUCUACGGCAACACGCCCGGCAACAACAACAACAACAACAACACCACCACCACUACAACCACCACCACCACCACCAACAACACCUCUGCAUCCAACACCUCAGGUCCCACUCCAGACAACGUCCCCGACGGCUCCGAAGACAAGACGGGCGUCCCGCAGAACGAGGCGGCACUGGAGGCGCUCCAGGAGGCCAUCCGCCGCGUGCGGGACGCCCCGCCCUCGCUCACCACCGUCUGCUUCUACGCCUUCCAGCACACGGACCAGCAGCUCAACGCCGCCGAGGUGUCCGGCGACAGCCGCCUGCUGGCCGCGGCCUUCGACAGCUCGGCCGUCAAGCUGUGGAGCCUGCGCGCGCGCAAGCUCAAGGCCGGCCCGCACCGCGCCGACGUCUCCAAGGUCCGGCUGGCCUGCGACCUGCUGGAGGAGGAGGCCGACGAUGAGGAGGCGUUGGGCAGCGAGAUGCGGACGCUGCGGGGCCACUGUGGCCCUGUGUACCGCGCCGCCUUCCUGACGGACGGCCGUGGCCAGGGCCAGAGCCUGCUCUCCUGCUCGGAGGACGCCACGGUGCGCCUGUGGGACCUGUCCAGCUUCACGUGCGCCGCGCUCUACCGCGGCCACGCCUACCCGGUGUGGGACGUCUCCGUGAGCCCGUGCGGCCUCUACUUCGCCAGCGGCUCGCAGGACCGCACGGCCCGCCUCUGGACGCCGUCGCGCACCUACCCGCUCCGCCUCUACGCCGGCCACCUGUCGGACGUGGACUGCGUCCGUUUCCAUCCCAACUCCGGCUACCUGGCCUCGGGCUCGGCCGACAAGACGGUGCGGCUGUGGAGCGCCCAGCAGGGGGCGUCGGUGCGCCUCUUCACGGGCCACCGGGGCCCCGUGCUGGCCCUGGCCUUCUCGCCGGACGGGCGGUACCUGGCGUCGGGCGGCGAGGACCAGCGGCUGAAGUUGUGGGACCUGACGUCCGGCGGGCUGCUCAAGGACCUGCGCGGACACACAGACGCCAUCACAGGCCUCUCGUUCAGCCCGGACUCCAGCCUGGUGGCCUCGUCCUCGCUGGACAACUCGGUGCGUGUGUGGGACAUCCGCAACAGCAGCGCCGCAGGUGGUGGUGGUGGGGCGGCUGGAGCCACGGCGACAACAGGUGGAGGUUCUGGUGCGGCCGCUGCAGCGGCGGCGGUUGCAGCGGACGGCUCGAGCAGCGAGCUGGUCGGUCUCUACACGGGCAACACCAGCAGUAUCCUCAAUGUACAGUUCAUGGCGUGUAACCUGUUAAUGGUGACGGGCACGGCUCAGGAGAAACAGGAACUCUAGCGACCGCCGUGUCUGUCCCAGCCGAAAGACUCAGAAAGGGAAUGAAGGAGAAGCUGCUGCCUGAGAGAGACAGAGGAAAUAGCCAAAUAUGGGCACUACGAAUGAUGCAGCUAAUAUAUGUCACAAGAGGAGGACUGUGGGGAAGGAUUUGAGGAUUUUUCUUCCUUGAGUUUUCCCAUUUGAGAAUAAUUCUCAUAGGAGAGUAAUGUGGGCUAGUUGUACUAGAGAGGUAACACUUGCUCCCCAUCCUUAUGCUGUCUGAUCUGGGAUCAGUUGAGUCUGUCUACUGAGGGUAUGAAUAGUUGAGGUGUUUUUAGUUUCCACCUGUUCCCAGGAUAGUGCCCAGAAGGGGACGCCAUUUCCACUACAAGGCACAAAUCAGCAGUAGAAUGUUAGUGAUGAGCAUCUCCGUGGGAACGACAUGUCACAGGCCUAGGUUAUUCCCUCCCUCUACAAUCGAUUUCAACAUUUUUGUUUUGUUUCGUGUCAAUUCGCCAUUAGUCCAUCAGAGGUCGACGAAUGAAGAUUAUUUUUGGACGGGUGAAGAAGAUCUGUCAGAAGAAGGACGUGUGGGUUGUGUUGCACAGUUAUGCAUUUGACCUGGACAUGAAUGGUGUUCAGUUGUAUUAAAGCCACUGUCUUCAGCUUUAUGUGAAGAGAGCACAAUUGUCCUCCCUCAGUUCAAGUAGAGGUCGUCACUGGUGUUGAUCUUUUGAUUGUGUAUUCAGACAAAAAUGCUAUAAAAAAGAAAAAUGCCAUUGUCAUUAUGUUGCUAGCUGAUAGCAUUAAACUCUGUUUAACCCCUGAUCCUUAAGCUAAUGGAAUGGAGAAGUUCAAGCUCAGCACUUAGGGUAUGACAUGUAUUGCAUAUGGGUCGCAGUGGGUUUGUAGAUGUUGUGCCUUGAGACAGCAAAAGAGAGAGAGAGAGAGUAUUGGCUGGUCUGAUGGACAGACUUGCGUUUGGUCUUAGUAAAAACUUUCACAUGAUGGCCAUACCCAUGUUUCCUCAUACAGAGGUGGCCACUAGUAUCUCUUUCAUGAUGGGUGGUUGAAAAGCAGCUAAUGUUACUAGUGUACCAAGAACAAGAUCUUCAGCUCUCUGUAAGGUUUUCUAGUUCCACCUGCUGUGAUGUGAACACAGUGGGUGUCUUACUGCCGGGGGAACACAUGAUAGACGUGGUAACCCUCUCAAGCUACAUGCUGUCUGCUCAUCAUGGCUUUUCGUUCGUAAGGAAUCCGAAUCGCUCUCUAGACGUAAUAGACGUUCACUGACUGAAGAAGCUAAACCACAUUUAUCUCUGGUUGUUUGUAUGUUUGUUUUGUUUAUUUUUCUGUGUGGGUGUGUGGGGGGGGGAGGAUAUUGAUCUUUUAGGCCGACACACCAAACCACCCAUUUCUGAAGAGUUCCACUUCGGUAGUGUUACAUAUGGGGAUUGUGGCCGCUGUCCGGCACUGUUGGAGAGAAAACACAGAUGACAAUUUAUACUUCUCCUACUGUAUUACGAAGUGCAUUGCUCCUGUUAUUGUUGAUAACUGUAAAUAUAUAUUUUGUAAUAUUUGCCACUGUGUUUUUUUUUUCCCGUUUGUACUUUUUUUUUUUUUUUUUUUUCAAUGACAACACCGGCCUUUAUGUGGUUGUCAGGUAUAGAUACCAAAUUCAUUUUUUACAUGUAAGAGCUUUUUCUUUUUUUUUUAUGACCGGCACAAUGUGUGCUAAAUAAAAGGGACAUUGGAAACGGUGUCUCUCCAGUCGGUGGAAAAAAAGCAUCUCUUUCCAAUACUGUGUACUCUCUUUAACUUCUCAAUCUGUUACUAUUAAAUACAACUUCAUCACUUAA